AUGCCGGCACUUGCAAUCUCACUCGGAGACGAACAAAAGGCAUUUGAUGCCGAAGUUGUAGCAAUUGAGAAGCAAUGGAGUUCUCCAAGACAAGCACACUUGAAGCGGCCUUACGAUGCUCGCACUAUUGCCGCGCUGCGCAACUCUGUUCCUCUGGCGUCGUCGCUGUCCUCUACACAAGCUGUCAAGUUAUGGAACCAGCUGCAUGAACAUAGAGUCAACAAUACUUGCGAACUGACAUUUGGCACCACUGACCCCGCGACCGUGUCUCAAAUGGCAAAGUACCAGCAGACCGUCUACGUCUCUGGCGCGCUCUGUGGAUUCUCUGAAGUGGCCAUCCCUGGCAUGGACCACGCCGACUAUCCCUGGGACACGGUGCCCAAGGUGGUGUCCAAGAUCUUCAAGUCGCAGCUCUGGCAUGACCAGCGGCAGCGACAGUUCCGAUUGCGCCACCUCCAAGAACAGCGAGCUGAACUGGAGAACUGGGACUACCUGGCCCCCAUUGUGGCAGACGGCGACAUGGGCUUUGGUAGUUUGACCAGCACCAUGAAGAUGGCCAAGGAGUUUGUCGAAGCCGGCGUGGCCAUGAUUCAUAUUGAUGAUUUGGCCAUUGGCAUGAAAAAGUUCACCGUCGGACAGGGCCGUACCGUCGUGCCGACGAGCGAGUACCUGGAUCGCUUGACGGCCGUCCGAAUGCAAUUCGACAUCAUGGGCGCUGAGACCCUCUUGCUUUGUCGCUGCGACACGGAUCACUCCGAGUUCAUCACCAGCGUCAUUGAUGAGCGGGACCACGAGUACGUCAUUGGCGCGACCAACAAGGUGGAGCCUCUGAAGGACUUUUUGAAGUCGGCCCAAGUCGAGGGAAGGGACCUCAAAGAAGCUAGGAAUGAGUGGAAGGACAAGGCGGGACUCGUAACCUUUGACGAGGCUGUCAAGGCCGUGGCCUCCGCAGACGAGUACGCUGCAUACGCUGCCGAGAUUGCCAAGCAAAAGUUCACCUCUCUCCCCAAGCGACGGGAAAUUGCAAGCAGUACAGUCGGCAAGGACGUUUUCUUUGACUGGGAUACUCCGAGAUCCUCGGUUGGCCAGUACAUGUUCAAAUCCAACGUGAAGGCGGUAGUGGAACGCGCCCUUGCUGCAGCACCACUGGGAGACGUGACCUGGGCCAGGAUGGAUUCGCCAGUAUGGAAGGACAUUGUUGAAUUCCACACGGAGAUCCGCAAGGUCUACCCCGAGCGCCUCUUUGCUUUUGGCUACACUGGUGACUAUGACUUUAACAAGGCGGGCUUCUCCAAUGAGCAGAUCAAAACAUUGCAUCUCGACCUGGCCAAGAUGGGUAUCGUCUGGCAGGUUCAGCCAAUCUGGAGUUUGCAGGGCCUCAACAUGGUAACUACAGAUUUCAGUAAGCUGUGGAGUGAGGAAGGUAUCGCUGGAUAUCUGCGAACCGUUCAAGGGCCAGCACUUGGCAGAAAGCCCAUGACGGACGGAUUCGAGAAGCUUUCAUGGUGUGGUGGCUAUCUUGCAGACGCUUUCUUUGAGACAGUCGCCGGUGAAAACAUUGUGGAAAAGGGCAAGGCUGUUUACUUUAAGAGGCAUUGA